AUGAGCCAUAAUGACAACCUGAACGGCCUUAAUCAGCAAUUUGCUGGUAUGGGCGUUAAUGAAUCUCGCGGAAACUCUCGCUCUACGGGCACUAGACCUACUUAUGUUCCCCCUCACAUCAGAAACCAACAGACCCGCUCUGAUCGUUCUGAUCGUUCUGAUCGUUCUGAACGCUCUGAUAGCUGGGAUGCUCCUCCUCGCUCCCACAAUACCAAUCGCUCUACUGGUGGAUGGGGUGGUGCAUCUGAAAGUGGCUACAACCGUGGCUGGAACGACUCUCCUGGCCAGCACAGCAACUCGGAUCGCUGGAAUGACCGUGGCUCCUCAGAUCGCUGGAAUGACCGUGCCUCCUCCGGUGGCUAUGGUCGCCGCGGUGAAGCACCUUCUUCAGGCUAUCCCCGCCUUGACCGAGAUGUUGGCACUUUCAAGAAUGGUGUCCAGACCCCCGCAGCCCGUAAUCCUCGCUUGGAACGUGAGUUGUACGGUACAGAGGACAAGGAGCGUCAGAGCACCGGCAUCAACUUUGAAAAGUACGAUGACAUUCCUGUCGAAGCUUCUGGAAAUGAAGUUCCCGAGCCUGUCUUGACUUUUACCAGUCCUCCUCUGGAUCCCCUUCUUCUUGAGAACAUUGAACUUUCCAAGUAUACUCAACCUACUCCUGUUCAAAAAUACUCUAUCCCCAUUGUUGGCAAUAACCGUGACCUUAUGGCCUGUGCCCAAACUGGUUCGGGUAAGACUGGCGGUUUCCUCUUCCCCAUUCUCUCUGAGCUUUUCAAGCAUGGACCCUCCUCUCCUCCUGAGCAUGUCGGCGCAGGUCGUGCUCGCAAGGCACACCCUGUUUGUCUGAUCCUCGCCCCUACUCGUGAGUUGGCCUCUCAGAUUUGGGAAGAAUCUCGCAAGUUCUCCUACCGUUCCUGGGUCCGCUCAUGUGUCGUCUACGGAGGUGCGGAUAUUGGACAGCAGCUUCGCACCAUUGACAGAGGGUGUGAUAUGCUGACUGCCACCCCUGGCCGCCUUGUUGAUUUGAUUGAGCGCGGUCGUGUUUCCUUGGCUAACGUCAAGUAUCUCGUCUUGGAUGAGGCUGAUCGCAUGUUGGAUAUGGGUUUUGAACCUCAGAUCAGACGUUUGGUUGAGAAGGAAGAUAUGCCUGGUGUUAACGACCGCCACACGCUCAUGUUCUCAGCCACCUUCCCUCGUGACAUCCAACACCUUGCACGUGACUUUUUGCGUGACUACAUCUUCUUGUCAGUUGGUCGUGUUGGAUCAACCUCAGAGAACAUUACACAAAAGAUUGAGUAUGUCGAGGACGAGGACAAACGCUCUGUUCUGCUCGACAUUCUUCAUGCUCAGCCUAAGGGCGAUAUGGGCCUUACUCUUAUCUUUGUUGAAACCAAGCGCAUGGCAGACACUCUAUCAGACUUUUUACUCAGUCAAAACUUCCCUGCCACCUCGAUUCAUGGAGAUCGCACCCAGCGUGAGCGUGAACGCGCCCUGGACAUGUUCCGUUCCGGACGUUGCCCCGUCAUGGUCGCCACGGCUGUUGCUGCCCGUGGUUUGGAUAUCCCCAACGUCACACACGUCAUCUCGUACGACUUGCCUACUGACAUUGACGACUAUGUCCACAGAAUCGGUCGUACCGGUCGUGCCGGUAACACUGGAAUUGCCACCGCUUUCUUGAAUCGUGGCAAUAAGGGUGUCGUCCGUGAUCUUCUUGAACUUUUGAAGGAGGCUAACCAAGAAAUUCCCGGCUGGCUCGAGACUCUUGCUAGAGAGUCAUCAUACGGUGGAGGAUCUGGCCGUGGUGGUGGUGGUGGUGGUCGUGGACGUGGACGUGGUGGUGGCCAUCAAGGCAAUCGUGACUAUCGCAAGUACGGUGGUGGCGGUAGUGGUGGUGGUGGUGGUGGUGGUGGAUCUGAUCAUUGGGGGGGAGGCGGCGGUGGUGGCUACGGUGGUGGUGGUGGAUAUGGCGGUGGCUACGGUGGUGGCUACGGCGGUAGCAACGGCGGCAACAGCUGGUUCUAA